AUGGCCGCGAUACGAGCCAUUUUUAGUGUCUGGGGGUGCGUUUGGGCGUAUGUAUCGCAGCGACGCGCCAAUUGCUUGCUUGCGCCAGCCGGAGGCUAGAGGGUUUUUAAACCAGCGAGAGCAUCGCUCCAAAGACGCCUGCAGCGGACCCUUCGCGCGGCCGCGGAAGCCUCCAGACGCUUAAACAUUUUGACGUACGCACAACUCCCCUAUCUAGGCGUACAGCCUACCUCCUCUCCAAGCUUUUCAGGCAAUUAUUUGGGCUGCGAGCCCAAAAAGCGGCUGCCCGCUGCAUAGACCGCACCUCGGCAGAGCCCGCGCCGCAGCCUCCCCGAAAAAAAAGCCAGCAAAGGGCAGCCACAUCGACCACCCAAAAAAAAAUGGGCUGCGGCCCCAGCAAGGACAAGGCGCCGCCGCCGACGCUCGCCGACAAGGUCAAGGACAAGGUGCGCAUCGAGCACUACGGCGUCCUGGGCAUGCGGCGCGAGGGCCGUUAUGAAGUGAAGGGGAGCGAGCUGCCGGAUGGCGACACGGUCAUCAUCGACCCGUGCAACGCGGACUUCGUCCACCGGAGCGGCCCGCAGCAUGCGGGGGGUGCUGCCGGGGCCAUUUAUCAAUUCCUGAACAUAAAAACGGAUCCGAGCUUCGCCCAGCAGGUCAAGGCCGAAAUUAAAGGCGAGGGCUCGUGUGCCUACCACCGGUACGGGUACCCGACGUCGAAGCACGUGAUCCACGCCGUGGGUUAUGAUUUUAGACGCCCGGGGCCCUGGGGCAGCGGCUCUGAUGUAGAUGAGGAUGCGGUUGUUGAUCUACUAGGUGGUUUAUAUGCCAAGAUUUUGGCCCUGGCCUCGAAGUACGGCCGCAAGAAGCUGCGGUUGGUGCCCAUCUCGGCGGGCAUCUUCUCGGGCAGUCUGCAGAAUCGCAUGCCCGAGCUCACGGCCCAGGCCCUGCUCGGGGCCAUCAACAUGACGUUCGGCGCGGACGCGGCCGAGGACCCGCACCGAAGCACGUACGUGGACAUGAUUGAAUAUAUAGAAAUGUGCAUCUACAUGGAGAGCGACUACCGCGCCUACGCGCGGGCCUGGGAGCGCACGAAGAACGGCUACACCGAGGCCUCGGAGAACGCCGUCACGCCCCGGGGCGCCGACGCGCCCGUGGCGCCCGCUGCUGCCCGUGUGCAGUCCACGCGGGAGGUCGACGCGCCGGCGAUGGCGGCGCCGCAGCCCGUGCGGAACUCGACGGAGCCGGCGAUGGGCACCGCCUCCUUCGAUGCGGGCGGUUCGCCCGCCGUGAGCCCGGGCGGCGCCGCGCCCGGCUCGCCGCCGCAGAUGCCGCCGGUGUCGCCGCCGCAGAUGCCGCCCGUCCAAGAUUACGGUUACUAGUUAUCCCCGCUUCCUCCACGUCUUUAAUUUCGACAUUUUUCGUA